GGCAACACUGAUUUUAGUGUUGCCCAAUGGCAGUCUGACGAAUUUUCUGGGAGUGUUUUCUGUCCGGGUGCCGAGAAAAGGGCAUUUUCCUGGCUGAAAAAUGGCCCAUUUCCUAUCCAAUACGACUGUGCAGUAUGUCUGUGCCUGUGGGAUUCUCAAUCCUCUCACCAAACUCUUCUUCUGCCGUCAUUGUCUGGCUUUGAGGUGCGAUUUCUGCCUCUGCCACGAAGUCGACUCUCACUUUUGUUACAAUUGCGUGGAAAAUAUCCCAUCUUCGGAGGCCAAACUGAAGAAAUACAAGUGCAGCAGCUGCUUCGAUUGUCCCAGCUGCCAACACACCCUCUCAGCCCGGGCUACGACUGUCACGGUGCCCAGGAAAGCUGACGAAGAACCAGCUGCAGGGGAUUCCAAGGCAGCAGCAGCAAUCACCCGGAAGAUGUACUACCUGGCCUGCUUGGCCUGUCGCUGGACGUCCAGAGAUGUGGGCAUCCCUGAUCAAACUGUAGCCACGGGAUCAUGGCCAGAGUGUGAAUAUUCCCAUGCUACGAGAUUUGCUCUCCUCAUGGAGCACUUCCAGGCCGUUGUGCUGCGCGAUAAGCAGGAAAGGCAGGAUUAUUUGCGCCGAAAGACCCCAAAACAGCACAAAUAUCCCAAUCUGACUGAUCGCACUGGCCUGACAGUCUCAAUGAUCCGUCGGCAGAUGGGAUGGUCAGACAAAACUCCACCCAAAGCCAAGCCAAUUGAAGUUAAUCCCUCAGAAGCCACAGAUGAAGUUGAUCAACUUCCUGACUCCAUCUUCACGGAGCCCGUGAAUCUCCGGGAGCUCACGACAAUCAAGCAGAGACUCUCCCAACCAGCUGGACAACCCGUCACCGUCAAACAUUUAUUCCCUCAGCACAAGAGUCUCUCCAUUAAGCGUUCUCUGCGCUGCCGGCAGUGUGAGCACAAUGUCAUCAAGCCCGAAUACAAUCCAUCAUCCAUCAAGUAUCGCAUUCAACUCUUUGCUGCCCAUCAUGUGCCUGACAUUCGCAUCGUCAAGCUCCCGGACAAACUCCAAGGAGGCAUUCAAGUGAAACUUCAGCUCAAGUUCUCCAAUCCCACAAUCCACGAGAUGACUGUGGCAAUCAAGGAGCUGCCGUCGUCAGACGAGGAAACAGCCCUGAUUGAGGAGAUGAAGAAGGCUGUUGUCUCCUCAACGCCUUCCAGUCUCAAUGUUUCACUCUCCCGGCAAGUUUCUCUGACAGAGGAGCCAAGAUUUGUCGAUCAGAGGGUCACGGCUAAAAUUGAGCUUCCAGAGGAGUCUUUUGUGCUGCCCCAUCGGGAUGAUUCGGCUGAGUUUGAUGAGGAUCUGCAGCUUCCGCGGGAAGAUCCCAAGUUCGUCAUUUGGCGCAGAGCUAACAAAGCCUGCAUUGAGCUCUCAAUGGAGCCUCAGGACAACCUGGCGCCCGGAUCUGAGACAAUUAUCGGAUUCACCGUGCAGUAUUCCUACGUGAACACUGUCCAGGUGCCUGAGAAGAAGGAUCCACAGACUCAUACGCUCAACUCACGCGUUUACAUCAAUUGCGGAACAAUUUCCGGCAAAUAAAAUUCACGAUUACUGCGAUCACUAAUCACUUUGCUUUUCAAUUGAAAUAAACACAAUUAUUCCUUACCAA